UCAUUGUUCAAUUUGCCAUGGUCAGCGCAGCCAUUCCCCGCUCUUUUCAUCCCUUCGACCCGUCUGUCGUCGCGUCUACUUCGGUGGAUGUGGCCAACUCGACGUUCGUCAUGGUUUCGUCCAAGGACAAGAGCUACGGGUUGAUCUUGGCCUAUGUGGCCGCCCAUCUCUGCGGCAACGAAGACCACCGCAGUUUCGAUUUCAGCGCUGGCAAGAAGGUCACGUCGUCAAAUUACUUGGACGAGGACGAGGACACGCACAACAAGCUCGUGGCUGGCGUUGGCCUCCACAAGUUCUCGUGGCAGCAGCAUACACUGCACUGUCUGCGCCAAGAAGAGGGCGAUCCGGUGGGCACCGGGUGCGACGCCAUUCAAUUUGAGAGCCUAGUGCUGUUUGCCCCUCGUGUGCAGUCGGAGGCGACUCUGCAAGCGUUUAUCGACGCCGUCGUGGCUGCGGCCGAAGCGACCAAGCAAGGGUACUUCUCCAUCUCCCGGUGGAGCAUCGGGGGCGAGUACUGGGACGAAGGCGACUUGGCCAAGGCGCGCCCCCUCGCGUCCGUCGUGCUGCCUGCGCACAUCAAGGCUGACCUUAUCGCCGACAUCGACGACUUUGUUGGCGACGACAGCAAGGCAUUCUACGCGACCCACGGCAUACCGUACAAGCGGUCGUACUUGUUCCACGGCGUACCCGGUGCGGGCAAGACGUCGCUCAUCCAGGCGUUGGCGGGUCACUACGGCCGCAACAUCUACUUGCUCCAACCCACCCACCCCAAAAUGACGGAUGAUUCGCUGCAAACAGCGAUAGAGCAGGUUCCCAAGAAGUCAAUCGUCGUGCUCGAAGACAUUGACGCCCUGUUCACCAAGAACCGCCGGAAGAAGGUCGAAGACUCUCCCCUCACGUUCUCUGGCCUCCUCAACGCCCUCGACGGCGUGGGGGGUCACGACGGCCACCUCGUGGUGCUGACCACCAACUUCCGCGACCAGCUGGACGACGCCCUCAUCCGCAACGGCCGGGUGGACGUCCACGUGGCCUUCGCCUACGCCUCGCCCGACCAAAUGGCCGACAUGUUCCUCGCCUUUUACCCCCGGGAGACGCGCGACCGGGCACUGGCGUUUGCCGACGCCCUGGUGGCGGCGCUCGGACCGGACCGACCCUUGUCCACGGCCGCGUUGCAGCACUACUUUGUGACCCAACGACGGAGCACUGCCGACGGGGCCAUCGCCAACGUCGACCGAGUGGCCAUUGAGAUCGAUGCACGAAAGAAGCAAGCUGAAGAGAUCGAGGGGGAGGAGGAAGACGGCAACGAAGAUGACAAAUAAUCGGGCAAUAUUGCAGAAACUAUCAAUAGUAGCUUCGAUAGUUCUCGCUAACGUAAAUAACUCAAAGGUAAAUUAUCGCAAAGUUCAAUUGGCA